GGUGUACGUGGUCUAGUGACUGAUGGUUUGGUUUCUCUGGUGGUGAUUCCCAUUCUGGCGGUGUUCCCGUCGCUCCCGUGAAAGGAAUCGUCAGGCCGUCGUUCGAUGAUGGCGUAUAUGGCGACCACCGCCGUCUACAUCUUGGAUCUGAAGGGGAAAUCUCUGAUCUGUCGUAAUUACCGCGGCGACAUCGAGAACAAUGCCAUAGAAAAAUUCCUCCCCCUGUUGAUGGACCGCGAGGAAGAAGGAUGUUCUACGCCAAUCAUUCGACAAGGAGAUGUCACCUUUGUUUACAUCAAGCACAACAAUCUCUAUCUCGUUUCUCUGUCGAAGAACAACUCGAAUGUUGCCCUCAUCUUCUCGUUCCUCCACAAGAUGGUGCAGGUUUUCACCGAAUACUUCAAAGAGCUGGAGGAGGAAUCCAUCCGAGACAAUUUCGUCAUAAUCUAUGAGCUGCUCGACGAACUCAUGGACUUCGGUUACCCUCAGACGACCGAUUCCAAAAUCCUUCAGGAGUUCAUCACACAGGAAUCCCACAAAAUGGAAGUUGCCCCGAAACUCCCUAUGGCAGUAACGAACGCAGUCUCGUGGCGCUCCGAGGGUCUGAAGUACCGGAAGAAUGAAGUUUUCUUGGACGUCAUUGAGAGCGUGAAUUUGCUCGCUAAUUCCAACGGGACCGUUCUCAGGUCGGAAAUCGUUGGUUGUAUCAAAAUGCGAGUCUACCUGUCUGGAAUGCCCGAGCUCAGAUUGGGCCUCAAUGACAAGGUUCUCUUCGAGAGCACCGGUCGAGGCAAGAACAAGAGCGUCGAGCUGGAAGAUGUUAAAUUCCAUCAGUGCGUUCGUUUAUCUCGUUUCGAGAACGAUCGGACAAUAUCGUUCAUUCCGCCCGAUGGAGAGUUCGAGCUCAUGAGUUAUAGACUAAACACCCACGUGAAACCGCUCAUUUGGAUCGAAAGCGUCAUAGAGCGACACGCUCACAGCAGGGUCGAGUACAUGGUCAAAGCGCGAUCUCAAUUCAAGCGGAGGUCUACUGCCAACAACGUCGAAAUCAUUGUGCCGGUUCCGAUGGACGCUGACAGCCCAAAAUUCAAAACGACCAUAGGAAGUUGUAAAUACGCUCCGGAGAGAAGCGCGUGCAUCUGGACGAUCAAAUCAUUCCCGGGAGGCAAGGAAUACUUGAUGCGAGCCCAUUUCAACCUGCCGUCAGUCGAAAGCGAGGAGCUGGAGGCGAGAGCACCCAUCGAGGUGAAAUUCGAGAUUCCAUACUUCACGACAUCGGGCAUACAAGUCAGAUAUUUGAAAAUCAUCGAGAAAUCUGGUUACCAAGCCCUCCCAUGGGUGCGCUACAUCACGCAGAACGGAGACUACCAACUGAGAACGAAUUGACGUAGAUUAAUCGAGAAGCUCAAAGCUUUAUGUCACCUAAUGGGCUGCGGAAAGAAGUUGUUGGGACUUCUACGAGAACGUUCAACCGGACCGCUACGGUCAGAAAUUGGAUAAACUACAUUCCCUGAUGAGUUCCUGAUGAUAUCCGUCAACCAUUUGAGUCACCACGGUCGAGUCACACUCCCGGAUCUGAGUAGCAAGCAAUAUAUUGAUGUUGUAUGACGUACACCUGGUGAAAUUAGGCGACCUCAUGAUGAGUUCCUCGCUUGAUGAUAAUUGAGGAAAGGAGAGCGAGCACCGGUUUCUUGUCCGAAGAAGGUGCGUCCGGUCAGGGAUUCAGGUACCGCAGCCUGGUUUGGGAACGAAAUCCAUGGUGACGUCCGGUCGUCAGAGGCGACAGCAGUAUUCGGGAAUUCUCUUACGAGAUAUAAAGAUGUAAUUUAAUAAUUGAUUACCAUCUCUAUCAUUCUGAUGAAUAAACGUUGUGA